UAAUGGAGCCGCGUUUUUAAGACGCUGUGUUAGGUUAAAAGAACUACAACCGUAAAAACGCGUCUCUUUUCGUCUAAAACUGCGUCUAGACUUUUUAGCGCAAAAACGCGUUCCGUGUGAACAGACCCUACUAAUGUUUAACAAAGACGCGACGCAAUAAAACCAGGCGGCUGAUUAUAAUGCCAGCGUUGUUUUCCAUUGAAGAGGUGUGAGUCAGGCUGCUUUACAUAUUACCAUCAUUCCAGGAAGUUUUCUUUUUUAUGUUCGCUGUUUCCUGCACCUACGCCACCUUGCUUACCGUACUUUGUUGCCGUCGAUCUUACCUUUUCAUUACAAAAGUGGCUUAAAACAAAUAUUUAUCGACCUGUAUUGAGAUUUAUGUAGGAUUAAACGCGAAUCAUGAGUUUCUUGUACCUGAGAGGUGCGUUGAUUUUCACCUUAGUACCUGUAGUGCUGAAUCUGCGCGUUCUGGAUGAUGGACUUUCUCUAAACUGUACACAAGAGGAAGUGCAAUGUCAAGCAAACAUUAAUAACUGCAUGUAUGAUGGAUGGCUCAAGCCUUCAAAUUUCACUCCUAGUGGGCCAGAUAAUUUAACAGUUCGUGUUGAUGUAAGAAAUAAUAUGAAAGGUGAUUUGGAGCCAGUGAUUGUAGCGGAAUCGACAGCAAAGGAUGAUGGGAGCAUCUUUUUUUUGAGUGGAACAGAGUUUAGUGUGAUGAAGUCGUCUACCAAUGAACACCUGUGUGUGCAUUACAAGUUCCUCCAACAAUUUAAGACCAUGAGAAAAACUGAUGAUGAAAAGUGGUCUUUUUCUCUGGAUAAAGUUGUGGUAGAUCCAGGCAGUUCAUAUGUAGUGACAGUCUCCAACCUUCCAAAGCCGAAUUUACAGCACACCGGUUACAACAUAAACAAAAUGGUUAUUGUUCCAGGUUGUGAAGAUCCUUUGAUGCGACAAACUAAAAUCUGUUUUGAGAGAGGGGAGACAUGGCAUCCCGAUAUUUCGUUGGAGAAAUCCAAAGGUUUAGAUGACAAGGAUAUUCUGCUUGUUGCAUUUAAACCAGGAGAGAACGCACAAAAAUACAACGUGUUUGUGAUGUGCAAAAGGGACAACCAAAUGCAGACUGUUUAUAAUGAGAGCAAGACAAUACUAAAUUUGACAUAUGACCUGGAGCUCUGGCCAGUUACAUGCUGCCAUUUUGAUGUUCAGAUCCAGCCAUUUUUCCAAAGGUGUGCCAAUGACUGUCUUCGAAAGCAACAGAAUUUUAACAUAUGCUCAACUGAAUCACCACCUCUUUCUGAGAAAAACACAAUAUUUUGGAUCAUUUGUGUUGGUUUAUGCCUCCUUAUUUGUGGCAUCAGCCUUUGUGCCAUUUAUUUGUGCUGCAGGAAACCAAAAAAAGGUCCAGAAAUGCCAGCAAAAGACCAUGUUGAGCAGCAUGUACUAAGUGGCUCACGGUCUGUACUGAUCAUCUACUCCAGAGAUCAUCCCCUAUACACAGACAUAGUCCUGAAGCUCUGUGCCUUUCUGCGGGCCAAAUGUGGUACUGAGGUUGUGCUGGACCUACUUGACACUGCUUGGCUAGGCACUAUUGGCCAGCUAGCGUGGAUUGAACAACAAAAGCGACGUAUUGAGCAGUCUUCAGACAAGAUCCUGGUCCUCUGCUCCCGAGGAGUGCAAGCCAAGUGGGGGGCCAUCUGUGGCGAGCCUCCAAUUCUUUUAAGGGAAGACGUGCGCUCUCCAGAGGGUGACAUGCUAACCCUUGCCCUUCAGCUAAUUACACCUGAUAUGCAGCGUCCGGCUUCCUACGGGAAGUAUUUGGUGGCAUACUUUGAUGACAUAAGCAGAGAAGGUGAUGUGCCAUCAAUGUUUGACAUUGCAGUCAAGUACAAGCUGAUGAAGCAUUUCGAAGAGCUCUACUUCCGAAUCCUUGAUAUGGAGAAAUAUCAACAGGGGAUGGUGCAUUGUAUCGAAGGUAUCGGCAAGGAUGAGUACUUUUGUUGCCCCUCAGGCAAGGCCUUGAGGGAUGCAAUAGAAACCUUCCAGGCCUAUCAAAUAGAGAAUCCAGACUGGUUUGAUAAAGAGUGCGUAAACAGUGAAGAGGAGGUGAGAGGAGAAACAAGCACACUUCUUGAUAUUCCCAUGGCACCAAUCUAUGAGUUACAACCGUUAUGUAAUGACGGACUCCAAAUCUUUGUGAACGAGGUGGAAAUCCAUCAAGAGUCCCAGAGUGUUUGUGCCGUAAUUCCCCAAAUUCAUGACAAGCCCGAGGAGUCUUCUGUGAUGAUUGUUAAUCCCAGGGUCCAACCAGAGCACAGCUCAGUACUUUCUCUUUAUCCAACAGUGGUACCCCCUAUUAAAACAUCCACAGUUGGUAUGAUACCAGUUGGCCCAGAAAGCUACCCUUAUCUGCUUGUAGAACCUGUACCAGUGCAACUCACACAUCCUUCAAUUGAGUCAAGAUGGAAUGAAGCAUUUCCAAUGGGAGAACUGUCAGAAAAUUGUCUGACAGCAAGCAAUGAAUGCCAGACUCAAGCAUCCUUUUCCAUGCCUUCUGAAAAUGCUGUCCAACAACUGGUGGCCCUGCAGCGUUAUUUGACUCCUUUUGAGAUCAUAGCACCUCCUCCUUCAAUGGAAGAUAGCUUAGAUUUUGACCAGGAGAUGGACAUGUCUCAGCCAGUGGAGAUGGACGAAAAUGAAAUGGAGGGAGCCUCUGAGACAAGACCAUCACGAGGGUCAGAUCAGGGAUACAGUUCCAGGUAUUCCAUUGUAAGGGAAGUGCCCCAAGUCUCCACAGUGCCCAAGAAGGAAGAACUGAAUUCUCUAGCCAAGUUGCAAAUGGAUCUCUACCUGAACAGUCCAGUCUCUUCGGGUUUUUGCACUCAAACAAUAGAGAAUGGAUUUUGACUGUGUUAAUCAGCUUCACCAGAAAGACCAUGGGUCCCUGCUAAAUGCGAAGUCACAUUUACAUUCGCAUUGGGAAAUUUCUGCAGGCGAAAUACAGUUAUCUCAAUGGGAUUCCUUGCAAAAGUGAAUUUCUUGAGAUGGACAUCCGGUGGCAAAUAAUUUCCCCUUGCUAUUUCGUGUGAAGUUCAUGUUUGUUGAACUUUGACUGAUGACUUUGCCACAUUGACCAAUAUAAAGUUGCUUGGUUUGGCAGUGACCUCUGUGUGGGCAGUGCUUCCUACAUGGCUACACUAAAUAUUCACAAUAUAAAAGGAUAUCAUUUCAGCGGCGAGUAUCUUUUUAAGCUUCACUCUCCUGGAGUAAAAAGUACAGCUUUUAAAACAGGCUGCUUGGCAAUUCGUUUUUUGCUAGUUUUGACACACUCAACAUCCGCCUACACCUUCUUCACCUGCUAAAUUUCGCUGUGCAGAGGUAAAUGUGACUACGUCUAAAGACAUAAAUUAUUUGUAUGUCAGUGACACUGGAGAAUAUCAUCUGGCAUUUGUCAUUACAAUUAGCAACAGGAAACAGACCAAAUGAAUAAUUUUCCAGACAUGGUUAUGAGGUAAAUGAUCAACUGUUUUAUAAAUGAGGUCAAGGAACAAUGCUAACAAUUUAGUCAUCUGAAAUGCAAGCUUGCAGCUUUAACACAACCUCAGGAAUGGGAAUUACUGUGCCAGUACUUACUUCAAACAACAAUUUUUGUCAAGUCAAUGUAGAUAUUUAUAACCAGUAAUUACACAUUAGCUCAAGGGUGUAAUAAGUUCACUUUUACUGUGGAGAAGCACAAGUGCCUUGUUAAUAAGCUUGAUGUAGAACAGCACAGUGCACAAUUUCUAAGCAAUUCAAAGUAAAUUGAUUGGGCUUGUAAUGUUAUGUGUUGUAUCAUAUUGCACUAGAAUUGUUUUUAUAUUUGUAGUUUAUUAAUGUUUAUCAUCUAUCAUAACCCUCUACUAUAUGGGGCCUUGUAUAUAAUGUUAGUUGAGUUGGCCUUUAUUUCAGAAUUCAUAAAGCAGCAUUUUUCUUUGGUAAUUAUCUGUUAUGUGCUUUUACUCAGGAAUGUUUGUAAAUGUUUGUCAAUAAGAAUGAAUUAACUUGUAUUUAAUUUCAUCCAGCUUUGGACCUUUAACUAUACUGUGUAUAUAUAGUGUGUGUGUGUGUGUGUGUAUACAGUAUAUGCACAAAUUUUAGCAGGAUAUAUUGAGUGCAAGUCUUAUGUAAACAUAACAGUAACACAACUUGCAAAUUAAAGCCCUUGUAAUAAAAUUCUCUGUAAAACAUGAAUGUGGAUAAAUAGAGAUAUGUGGGGUUGGAAAUAGCUUACCUUAUCAAAAGAUUAUGUACAUACACUAAAACCUCUUUUAAAAAGCAUGUAGUGGUGUUAUAUAUAUAUAUAUAUUUGUUGGGUUAUACAUUUUGCAAUGAGGCACAAAAAUCCCAUAAUGCACUUUCGGCCUGCAUAUUUAACACAUUUAGGUCAACCUGUACCUCAUCCUCAAAGCAUUAUAAUAUGUUAGCCUAAGGAUGCACAGUUGUUAGUACAUAGUUAUUUCUAAGUUACUCUAGAAUAUAUAAUACUCUGCUCUUACAACAAUACUGAAACUGUAUUUCUAUCCUUGAUGACUAAGUGUUAGGACAAGUUUGCCUCACAGAUAAGCUGGAGAAUUGGAGCCAGAUAUGAAUAGAAAGCAAAUGGCUAUGUUGACAUGAUAUGUUAGAAUUCUUGCUGUAAUUCCUAGUGUAACGAUUUUGACCCUGCAAUAUACAUAUAUGAAUUCUCAUUUAGACACAUCUGCACUGCAUGUAGAGGUGAAUUAAUGGAUAAUGGCCUCUUACAUUCUAGCAAUGCUAGCAAAAUGGUCACAGCCAGUCAAAAUGUUAUGAACUGUGAUAAUAUCUUUUCUUAA